AUAUUUAGAACAAAAAGAUAGUACUAGUAGUAGUGUUGAGGAGAGAACGGCAGCAAUAAAGAAAGGAAAAUGCACAUGCCAAUGCCAUGACAUAUUGACAUGGGUAUCCCUCACAUCAGCUGCCACAAAAAGUCAGGAGGAUUCCGCCCGAUUUCCAGCCCCUUCAACCCCAGCUCGCGCACAACUCAACGCGCCUACCGCCCCCAUGCCGGCCACCCGUAUAUAUGCCACCCCUCCCCGCGCUCCCGUUCCGUGUCUUCUCCUCUCACCUCGUCUCAUCUCAGCUCGAACUCGUCUCACCCAUCCAUCCGUGUUGGUGUUGCUUCGCCGCCUUCUCUUCGGAUUGGGAUUGCAAUCGGAUUGCAUCGUCACAGACUCAAGGUACAAACUACAGCAGCAGUAACAAUGGCUAGCGGCGCGACGAGCGACGCGUGGCCAUCCUCCCCCUACUCCUCGUCGGCGCCCGACGGGGAGGUCCUACGCUCCCUGCACCGCCUGGCGCGGGACCUGUCUGCAGCCGAGGCACCGGCGCCGUUCCUCCGGGCGGUCUUCGCGGCGGUGGCGAGGCGGGCGCGCCUGCUGGCGGCCGUGUUCGACGACCUCCUCCUCUGCGGCGCUGCCGCGGGCCCGCUGCUCCUACUUCCGCGGUCCGCGUCGCUGUGCCUCCGGGAGCUCCUGCUGGUGCUGCAGCGGUUCAAGGCGCUGGUGGCCGACUGCGCCGCGCGCAGCCGCACGCGCCUGCUGCUCCAGUCGGACGAGGUGGCGGCCCGGGCGCGGGAGCUCCAGCACGACCUCGCCACGCUCCUCGACCUGCUCCCCGUCGCCGACCUCGGCCUCGCCGACGACGUGUCGGACCUCCUGGCGCUCGCGUCGCGGCAGUGCCGCCGCGCGGUCGCGGCACCGGAGCUGGAGCUCAAGGCGGGCGUGCUCGCGCUCAUCCAGGAGGUGGAGCGGGAGAUCGUGCCGGGGCGGGAGAGGCUGGAGGGCGUACUGGAGGACGUGGGCAUCAAUGAUCCGGCUAGCUGUAGCGACGAGAUCGAGACCCUGGAGCGAGAGAUCGGCGACCGUGUCGCUGAGAGGUGGACGUCGUCGAUGAUCGCCCUCGUCGGCCUCCUCCGCUACGCCAAGUGCGUCCUCUUCAGUGCCGCCACGCCGCGGCCCGUGGACUCCAACAAGGUGGAUCUCGACGACGGCGACGGCGACGACGGCGCGGAGCCACCGUCGCCACCGCUGGAUUUCAGGUGCCCCAUCUCCCUCGAGCUGAUGGCCGAUCCCGUCGUGGCUUCUAGCGGUCAGACGUACGACCGCGACUCCAUCACGCGGUGGUUCGGCUCCGGCAAAUCCACGUGCCCCAAGACCGGGCAGGUGCUGCCGAAUCUGGAGCUCGUGCCCAACAAGGCGCUCAAGAACUUGAUAUCGCGGUGGUGCCGGGAGAACGGCAUCCCCAUGGAGAGCAGCGAGUCUGGGAAAUCCGAGCCGGCGCCGGUGGUGGUAGGCGCGAACAAGGCCGCGCAGAAGGCGGCGCGGAUGACCGCGUCGUUCCUGGUGAAGAAGCUGUCGGCCUCGUUCUCCCCCGAGGCGACCAAGCGCGUGGUGCAGGAGAUCCGGCAGCUGGCCAAGUCCGGGUCCGACAACCGCGCCUUCAUCGGGGAGGCCGGCGCCGCGGGGCUCCUCGUGCCGCUGCUCCGGUCCGAGGACUCGGCUCUGCAGCUCAACGCCGUCACGGCGCUGCUCAACCUCUCCAUCCUGGAGGCCAACAAGAAGCGCAUCAUGCACGCCGAGGGCGCCGUGGACGCGCUCUGCCACGUGAUGUGCUCGGGCGCCACGUGGCGCGCCAAGGAGAACGCCGCGGCCACGGUCCUCAGCCUUGCGGCCGUGCACGCGUACCGCCGCCGGCUCGGCCGGAACCCGCGCGUCGUCGACAGCGUGGUGCAGCUCGCGCGCACGGGCCCCGCCAGCACCAAGAAGGACGCCCUCGCGGCGCUCCUGUGCCUGUCCGCCGAGCGCGAGAACGUCCCGAGGAUCGUCGAGGCCGGCGCCGCGGAGGCGGCGCUGUCGGCGAUCGGCGACGCGGAGGCAGCCGCGGCCGUGCUGGCGUCCCUGGCGAAGCGCGGCGGCGCGGAGGCGAUCGUGGCGCUGGACGGCGCCGUGGCGCGGCUGGUGGCCGAGAUGCGGCGCGGCACGGAGUGGUCGCGGGAGUGCGCGGCCGCCGCGCUGGUGCUGCUGUGCCGGCGCGCGGGCGCCGCCGCCGCGUCACAGGUGAUGGCCGUCCCGGGCGUGGAGUGGGCCAUCUGGGAGCUGCUGGGCACCGGCACGGAGCGCGCGCGUCGCAAGGCCGCGUCGCUCGGCAGGGCGUGCCGACGGUGGGCCGCUGCCGCCAACGCGGAGCAGGGCACCGAGUGCCCCACCUCCGGCGACGCGUCGGGGCUCACGGUGGCGUCGUGAAAUCCACUACUACACGAUCAGUAUAGUAGAUAGAAGCUCAAAAAAAGAAGCGAAGCCAUUUUUUUUUUACCACGAUUCUUGUACAAAAUUUGUUGUUGGCCGUCAAGGCCUUCACGAUUCUUUGGUCCGUGAUUUGGGCCGUGGGUAAUUGAUCAACUGUGAAUACAAGAUACUAGUACUGUAGUACGUUUUUUUUCCCUUUUUCAUCAAA